GCCAGUGAGACCGCGCAGUCGAGCGCACGUAUCGGUCCCGCGCGUGAGUGUCAGUGACAGUAGUACAACGACACCGCGAUAGUUGCUGUGCGAUCAGUGACGGAUGAGUGAGUUGAGUGGUGGAGACAUGCCAUCAGUGUGUCGGAGUGCCCGUGUGACAGCGGGAAUGGUGUCGUGAAGUGCGCAAGUCUACGGCAACGAUGCGCUCCAGUCCCGUAGUUUUCGCCGUACUGUUAGGCGCCGUGUUCGGUGUCCUGACAGCGUCUCUCAGCAAGGCCCUGCGGUACCAGGCUCCCGAUGAAUGCAAGUGGUUGGCCGUCACCAGCGACGGGGAGAAGGAAGUCACGUCGUCCCAAGAUCCGGACCAAGAAGUCGCGCUCGUGUGUCAUCUCAGGACUAUCAACUCUGAAUUGGAAAAUACCAACUUCAGUGUUAUCCAACCGCAAUAUACCGUACGGUUACGGAUAGAGUGUGCCGAUAUGUUCUAUUUUCAAAGUUCUAUCACCCCCGGGAGUUUUCACACCCUGUCGGACCUCAAAGACUUAUCUAUAGAAUACUGUAAAGUUGCCAACCUCACGGCCGGUGCUUUUAGAGGCCUGAGGCAAUUGAAGAACCUCACCCUGAGGACCCACAACACCGAUUGGUCCGCUAUGACUUUAGAAGUCGAAAGAGAAGCUUUUACCGAGGAACUUACUUUACUAGAAAGAUUAGACCUUAGUGUAAAUAAUAUAUGGAGUCUUCCUGACGGUGCUUUUUGUCCGUUACACAGUUUAGAAUAUCUUAAUUUGACCAGGAAUAGAAUCAGAGAUUUAGACAAACUCAGAUUCGGAAGUUCACCGAUUCAACAGGUGUGUGGUAGUAAUCUAAAGAUUUUGGACUUAUCCAACAACAGCAUAGACUCUUUACCUCCAGCCGUGUUCUCUAAAUUAGCAAGACUUAAAGAUCUGAAUUUACAAGGAAAUAUUAUAACUUUCAUCGCUGAUCACGCCCUUGACGGUCUUACUUCCCUGUCGUCCUUGAACUUGGCCGAUAAUAAACUAGUCACCCUUCCUCCUGAGUUAUUUUCUGAUACUAGAGAAGUAAGAGAACUUCACUUGCAAAACAAUUCAAUCAAUGUAUUAGCGCCUGGUCUUUUUAACGAUUUAACAGAACUGAUUGUCCUUGACCUAGCGGGCAAUGAACUGACAGAUGAAUGGAUAAAUACUGCUACAUUCGCUGGACUCCUUAGACUGGUUGUAUUAAACCUCUCUAACAACAAUCUCAUCAGGCUCGAGGCUACCGUCUUCAGAGAUCUCUACAGCUUGCAAAUAUUAAGACUAGAAGAAAAUGCCAUUGAAAGCAUUGCGGAGAAUACAUUUAACUCGCUAAACAAUCUUCACACGUUGAUCCUGUCAAAUAACAAGCUAACAAGGAUAGACAGUAACACCUUUAACGGUUUAUUGGGCCUAAAUGUUCUUUCAUUGGAUAGCAAUUCGAUUGAAUACAUUGACCCUGAAGCGCUGAGAAAUUCUUCGAGUCUUCAAGAUCUUCAUUUGAAUAGUAAUAAAUUAUACGACAUUCCUGCUGUGCUCAACGAAGUUCCUCAAUUACAAACUUUAGAUUUAGGAGAUAACCAAAUUUCUGAAAUAUUUAAUUACUCUUUUGCUAACAUGCAAAAGUUAGUAGGCCUAAGACUUACUGAGAACAAUAUUAGCAAUGUUUCAAAGGGUGUAUUUGACAAGAUGACAGCGUUACGUAUUCUCAACUUGUCCAGCAAUAAAAUACAACGAGUGGAAACGGGCAGUUUCGACUCUAAUACAAAUCUAAUGGCCAUUCGGCUCGAUGGAAACUACAUCACCGAGAUCAAUGCUCUGUUUGACAAACUACCGAAUCUAGUUUGGCUCAACAUAUCGGAAAAUUUGUUGCAGUGGUUCGACUACGCCCAAAUACCAACUGGACUUCAGUGGCUCGAUAUCCAUGGUAACCAGAUCGCUGAAUUGGGAAACUAUUAUGAAAUUGAGAGCCAACUCCAUUUGACAGUGUUCGAUGCCAGUAACAAUAAAUUAACUGACAUCACCGGAAGUGCAAUACCUGAUAGUGUAGAAGUGCUAAAUCUGUCUAACAAUAUAAUAUCCAAAGUGCAAUCGUACACCUUCUUCAAAAAACCAAACCUCACCCGAGUUGAACUCACAGGAAAUCAAAUCAAAAGCCUGACUCAAAAUUCCCUGCGUAUUUCGACUAUUCCACAUGACAAAGAAAUUCCUGAAUUUUACAUAGGCAAGAAUCCUUUUCAAUGCGAUUGCACAAUGCAGUGGCUACAGCAGUAUCAAGUGGAUCAAGAGAGAAAUAAGCCGAGACUAAUGGACCUCGAGUCGGUUGUAUGUAAAUUACUGUAUAAUAGGGUGACAUCUUUUGUGCUACUGAAAGAAGCUACACCUGAUCAAUUCCUAUGCCAAUAUGACUCUAACUGUUUCCCUUUUUGUCAUUGCUGUGAUUUUGAUGCCUGUGAUUGUGAAAUGACCUGUCCUACGAACUGUACUUGUUACCACGAUCUUUCAUGGUCUGCAAACGUAGUCGAUUGUUCACGAUCGGGAUAUGUUGACAACUUACCGGAUAGGAUACCUAUGGAUUCUACACAACUGUAUCUGGACGGAAAUAAUAUAAGGGUAGUGGGAAGUCACAGUUUUAUCGGCAGAAAAAAGUUGCAGGUAUUAUUUCUCAAUAACUCCAACGUAGAAAUCAUUCAUAACAGGACCUUCAAUGGACUCAAGGUGUUAGAGCUGUUAAGGCUUGAGGACAAUAAAAUAUCCGAGCUAAAAGGUUAUGAAUUUGAAGGUCUAGAAAGUUUAAGAGAGCUAUACCUGCAGAACAAUAAAAUUACUUCAAUUCACAACGCAACAUUUAUGUCACUCUUGGAACUCAGAAUUCUCCGCCUGGAUCACAACAGGAUAACCCACUUCGCAGUAUGGCAGUUGUCUUCAGCCCUCGUCCAGAUAUCCUUAUCCGCCAACCCUUGGUCCUGCGAGUGCGAGUACACCGAGCGGUUCCGAGAGUACCUGCAGUACACGGGGCCCGCUGUGAUUGACGGAGCAGAAGUUCGCUGCAGCAACAACUCGCUUCUAGAAGAUGAUCCGGACAACGGCUUCAACCUGCUCCGAGACAAUCUCACGACUUGCAUAACCAUUAACAUCACCAAUUACGUGGAGCCACCUGUCAACGAUAACUACACGUCCACAACUAUAAUUCAACACAGACAACUUCAAAACUAUCUUCCUCUUCUUGUUGCAACUCUAGUCGCCUCUUCUUGUAUAAUCGUCUUGACUCUUCUAGUUUUCAUCUAUAGACAGGAGAUGAGAGUGUGGUUUCAUUCAAGAUUCGGAGUGAGGCUGUUCUACAAAACCAGUGAGAUCGAAAUGGACGAUCGCGAUAAACUGUUCGAUGCGUUUGUUAGUUACAGUUCGAAAGACGAAGCUUUCGUCGCUGAAGAGCUAGCACCUAUGUUAGAAAACGGUGAUCCCCCUUAUAAACUCUGUCUCCACUAUCGUGAAUUCCCUGUCAACGGUUAUCUAGCCGACACAAUAGUGCAAGCUGUGGAGUCAUCGAGGAGGACAAUUAUGGUGUUAUCAGAGAAUUUUAUAAAAUCGGAGUGGUGCCGUUUUGAAUUCAAAUCGGCCCACCAUCAAGUUCUACGUGAUAGAAGAAAAAGACUUAUAGUGAUAUUAUUAGGUGAAGUGCCACAAAAGGAUCUCGAUCCAGACAUUAGACUUUAUUUAAAAACCAACACUUACUUACAAUGGGGGGACAAACUAUUUUGGGAGAAGCUGAAGUUCGCACUACCCGAUGUGCCGAACAACCAGAGGCCCAGGAACAACCACAACAACCACGCAGCACACCAUCACCACCACGUCCACAGGCACAACAACCGCAACCACAAUCACAGCCACCAACACCACAACAACACCAACAACCAGACCAGGUCCGUCGCCAUCCACAUCUAGUGUAGUGAAGUGCUGUCUGUGAUCGUGCCUUGCCACUUCUGGAUUAUUCCCUCUCAAGGUAAACUAAUAGGUGCAAGUGAUCUUUUAUAAAUAUGUAUAAAGAAUGUGCGAAAUCGUUUAUUUUUGUAAAUAUUAUACAUAAUAAUUUUCGUGUUGUAUUCAUGUAUAUAUAAACUGUUAAUGUUUUCAUCGCCAUUUAUAGAGUCGUCUAAUAAUUUAUAUGUGAGUCACUAUUAUUGUAAAUUUAAUUUUAAUUGUACAGAUAUUGUUAAUAUUUAAAUCUUUCGAAACGAAAAUGUAUUUUAAUUUAUAUGUCGCUUGUUAACAUGGUGCUGAUUGGUGUCAAUUAUCAGUUUAAAACCUAUAGUUCUAUAUUUUAUUCACUUUUUACUUUAAAAUUUCAAUUCCAAUUGGUUAUGAAAUUCAAGCUUUAAAUAUUAGUAAAUUUAGUUACUUAAUAGGACCAGUUUUUAUAUUUAUCUUGUUUACAUUUCUCCAUUGCAGUAAAUACGUAUUAAUGACGUAGAUUUGGACAUGACUUUCUUACUUGUCAAUGUGUUUUAUUGUAAGUUUAAGAAUAGAUAUGGUCAUGUUAUCCUAUUGACUGAAACCUUAAAAGUGUGAUAUUUUGUUAAGUCAGUAUAAUGUAUUAUUAUUAUUCACUACUCUUAUCAUGGGAGACUGAUAAAUAAAUCCCAUUGCAACUCAAAA